AUUUUUGCAACUAACAAAGAAGUGGAUGCACACAACUCUGCAACACUGGCUCUGCUCCAUACUCAUAUCAUUGACAUCCAUGCAGAUGAUUAUAGAAAGGAUCCUAGAACUGGCAGAAUGGCACUUCAAGACAGACCAUUCAAAGGAGGUAAAAACGAGUUACCAGACACACUGAAAGUUGCAGAAGGAGCUCGUGUCAUGCUCACCAGAAACAUUGACAUACAAAAUGGUUUGGUUAAUGGAGCUUUUGGAAAACUACUUAGAGUAGUUUACUCUGAAAAUGACCAACACAUCAUCAAGCUUGGACUUAAAAUGGAUAUUGAGACAUCUGGAAAGAAUAACCGCACACCAGCAGACGACAUGGUGUACAUUGAGAGAGCAGAGGAGAAUCUGAAGCAGAAAGGAGUGGUACGAAGACAGUUCCCAGUGAAGCUGGCCUUUGCAUGUACAAUUCAUAAGGUACAGGGUAUGACAACCACAUCAGCUGUUGUCUCUCUUAAGAGCAUUUUUGAGCCCGGCAUGGCCUACAUAGCUGUCAGUAGAGUGACGUCACUCAGUGGACUGUAUCUUCUUGAUAUGGAGGAGAAAAAAAUAUUCACCAACCCAGAAAUCACUGCAGCACUUGAGAACAUGAGACAAGCCAACCUUGAUGACAUGAUGCCUCUUCUACACGUGAGACAAACACUGAGCAGGUCAGAUGUUUUCACCAUUGUUCAUCAUAAUACAGAGGGACUGCCAGCUCACAUUAAUGACAUCAAGAGUCACCAUGAAUUGUGUCUAGCAGAUGUUUUGUGCCUAACAGAAACACACCUGCGGGGCUCUUUUGUCGCAGAGAGUCUCCACUUGGAAAAUUACAAUUUGUUCAAACGCAACAGACACCUGUCCUACACAAACUUUCCCCAGAUGGCAAACAGAAGUGGUGGUGGAGUUGCUGUUUAUGUGAAAAGUGACAUUCAAGUGCAUGAAAAACAGUACAUCCAUAAUGUAACUGACCUUGAAUUUCUGGCUUUAAAGGUUGAAGCACCAGUCAGUGCUCUGAUUGCAGUUGUGUAUAGACCUCCAGACUACACUCUGAGGCCAUUCCUGAAAAACCUGUGCAAACAAACCAAUCCUGGAGCUGUUUGAGUCUAGGGGAUACGCACAGGUCAUCACUGCCCCUACCACAGAGAAGAACACACUGCUUGACCUUAUUUUCAUUUCUCAGCCAGAGCGAUGUCUCCAUUCUGGAGUCAUGAAGAUCUACCAUAGUUACCAUGACCCUGUAUACUGUGUAUUGUCCUGUGAUGAUUCAUGAUCUAGAUCUUUGAAUACAGUAAGUAAUUUCUAUAUUUUUGAAUGACUUAAGAAAGUAGAGCGAUAUUUAAAAGUUGACUUAAGAAAAAACGCCCUGCAUUGCAGUAUAAUGUUUGAAUUUUUUACAUAAAAUACAAUUAAAUGAAUUAAGUAAUGAUAUCAGUAAAAGAUGACAAUUUUAUUUAUUACAGAAAAUCUAAAAAUCAGUAAUCUAUGAAUGUCAGAAAAAUCAAAUAUAGCAGUUUAAAACGAACAGUGUAGGCAUAUCCUCUCUGCAGCCAGGCUUCAAAAUCCUGCCAGGCUGCCCCAGUCUCACUGUGGCUGGGAGGGAGGGAGGGUGGACCAGAGGAUUGCCCACACAA